AAUUCUUUGCAAAAAAGCGUAUAUGCUUUAUCUACAAAUGAUCUUUGGUUUUGCGAAUUCAUCACUAUUUUAGACCAUGAAAUUUUUCAAGAAACAUAGAUUCAUGUUUCCAUUAGUUACAAUAUUUUACUUAAGUGAAACACUACUCUAAAGGUUUAUAUUGGUGUAAUUUUAUUCUUUAAAAAUAUUUAGUAAUUAUAAAUGUCGUUAUGCAAAAAAUUUAAAGACACAUGAAACAUAGUGAGUAUUAAAUUAACUAUCAAUGCUUGAAACAUAGAAAUCAAUUUAAAAAUGUUAAUCUUAGAGUUAACUAAAGUAAUAAAAGAAUUAUGUUAUUUCAAAACAACUAAAAAUGUUAUUUUAUUAAUUAAUACAGUCACUAUCAAUAACAUUCAAAACCAUUUGAUUACUAUAUAUAUACAUUUAGAUAUCAUGGUAAGAGGAGAAGAAAAAUCAAAGAAUAAGUAAAAAAUUAAUCAUACAAAAUGGACACUAAGACAAUUUUUAUGACAUUUUUCAUAAUCAACACUUUAGUGUCAUGUGCGUAUCCAUGUUUGGGCCAAGAAAAUGUUGACGAUAAACCACUAGUCAAUCCCGGUGAGUUUGAUACAUUGGAUGCAUUAUCGCCGGCUUCGCAGGAGUACAAUAUUUAUAUGUUAGAGAACCUCCCACCAAAAUACAAAACGUAUCUCGGAACCUGCGCUGAUAAGAUGGGGCCCAGUGGUAUUUCGGAAUGUAAUGAAGAUGUUCUUAGAGAGAUUCUUACGAACAAACCUGUUUCAAGAGAGUGUUGUUUGAUGGUAGUAAGAGCUGGAAAAGAAUGCUACAUGGAGAUUAGAAAGUUAAUGUUUCGAUUGUAUCAACUCAAACGCUUUGCUUCUCAAGUUUUUUUCAAAACUAAUGAGGUUUGGAACAGAUGUUCUGCUGAAGUUGAAAGUCCUUCAUCUUCUCACGACCACGCGAUUUAGUUAUCUUGAUUGAAUAUUUUGUUAUAUUAUAUGAUGUAUCAUGAAAUAAUGGUUUGUUAUAUUAUUCUAACUAUAUAAAAUAAAAUAAAACAUUCAUCAGCUUUUUCGUUUUCCUAACUCUAAUGUGGUAUAAGAAAACUUUAGUGCGAUAUCUUGGUUGUUCUAACUAGUGUUUGCUUAGCAUUGUUUUUUAUUUUAUCAAAUAUAAAACAUAAUUGCACAUAAAUAUUGUUAAACAAAAUCAUAUAUUUCUUUCUUUGUAACUCGAAUAAAUUAAUUGAUUUGAAAUUCAAUUAAAUUUAUGAAAAAAUCAAAAGUGAGAGAACGAUAUAGGGAAAAACAAUAGGUAAUUUUCAUGUUUCGUGAAAUAAAAACGUUCAUCUCAUUUUUAUGAUCCUAGUUAGGACCUAAUAUGAAAAUUCCUGAUAACGGGUUGUGAGUUAAUUAUCUAAAACUCUUUUACAAUGUUUUCCACAAAACAUAUAACUUCUCUGUUUUUCAAGGUUUAUAUCAUCUCUUCUUUUGUAAUAAUCCACUUACAGAUUGAAAUAAUCUUUGUAUUCAUAGGAUCAAAAUAUAGAUUCUCAUGAGGAGACUGAUCAGAGGGACAUUUACUUGAUCAAAGGAACAAUAUGCUUAUGCUUGAUGGCCCAAUACUCUAUAUGAAAAAAGGCAUAAUAUUUCAAUAGUUCAUAAGCUUUUAUUCAAGUAUAACCAGUAAG